AUGGCUGGGGCAUCGGCAGUCUUCAUUAUGGACAUGAAGGGCAAAGUGAUAAUCAGUCGGAACUACAGGGGCGAAGUGCCCAUGAACAUCACUGAAAGGUUCCAGCAGCACGUGAUAGAUGCGGAGGAUGCCGCCAUAAAGCCGGUGUUUUGCGAGGACGGCAUCAGCUUCGCUUGGAUUCAGUAUAACAAUCUCUACCUGUUAGCUGUUACCCAACGAAACUCGAAUGCCACGCUGAUCGUGGCCUUCCUCUACAGGCUGGCGGAGGUCCUGAGAGACUACUUCAACGAGCUCGAAGAGGAGAGCAUAAAGGACAACUUUGUGAUCACUUAUGAGCUCCUAGAUGAGAUGAUGGACAACGGGUACCCUCAGACCACCGAGGUCAAGAUUCUGCGAGAGUACAUCAAGACUCAAUCGCAUCAGCUCUCCGUUGAGCAGAUGAGACCGCCCACAGCGGUGACCAACGCAGUGUCCUGGCGGUCUGAUGGCAUCAAGCACAAGAAGAACGAGAUUUUUCUUGACGUGGUGGAGCGCCUCAAUCUCCUGGUUUCUGCAAACGGGUCUGUUCUGCGUUCGGAGAUCUUGGGGGCAUUGAAGAUGAAGUCAUAUUUGUCUGGCAUGCCCGAACUGAAGCUUGGUCUGAACGACAAGCUGCUCUUUGAGGCCACUGGAAGACCGGUGGCCAAAGGCAAGUCAGUGGAAAUGGAGGACAUCAAGUUCCACCAGUGUGUGCAGCUUGCGCGCUUCGAGAAUGAUCGGACAAUCUCUUUCAUUCCGCCUGACGGCGAGUUCGAGCUUAUGAGCUAUCGGCUGAACACCCACGUUAAGCCAUUGAUUUGGGUCGAGGCUGUCGUGGAUCCGGGCCACUCGCGAUCGCGGAUUGAGUACAUGAUAAAGGCUAAGUCACAGUUCAAGUCGCGCAGCGUGGCCAACAACGUGGAGAUCCAUAUUCCGGUGCCGUCCGACGUGGACUCGCCGUCCUUCAAGACCUCCAUCGGCACGGUGAGAUAUAUCCCCGACCAGGACUGCAUAGUCUGGAGCAUCAAGCAGUUCCAGGGUCAAAAGGACUUCAUCAUGACAGCGAACUUUGGCCUCCCGUCUGUUGGUGCUGACAACAGGGAUGCCUAUAUGAAGGCACCGAUGUCUGUGAAGUUCGAGAUCCCGUACUUUACCGUGUCGGGUGUGACGGUCAGGUACCUCAAGAUCGUGGAGAAGUCUGGCUAUCAGGCGCUGCCCUGGGUGCGAUAUAUCACCCAAAACGGCGACUACCAGCUUCGCAUGGUCUGA